UCUAUGUUUGCCAACACCGUUCCAAAAUAACCAUAUAGCUGUUCCCAUUCGGGGCUCACAGUUACUCCGACCUAUUCCAUGCCCGCUCUCAGGCGGAAGAAUGGCCGAGAGCCAGCUUGUGAGGCAUGCCGGCGACGCAAACUGGCCUGCGACCACGAAACCCCCGCCUGCCAGCGGUGUCGGAGACUAUCCUUGAAAUGCGUCUAUCUUGCCAAUCCACUCACCAAAGGCAGAGCGAGAAGCCUGCCUGAGGCUGACUCGCCGACUGUCUUGAACAAUGAGAGCGAGGGUGUCCCAAGUACCAAAACCUGCCCGGGAGCCCAGUCGACCACGCCCAUCCUCGAAAGCUCAGCCGAGUACCUGGGGCCCACGAGUUUUUCAUCUGUAUUUGUAGAACAUCGGGAUCGAUUCGGAGUGGAUCAGACCCUGAAAACGCCCACUGGAGGGGGUAUCGAUGGUGUCGGGGCGCAAUCACCCACCCAGCCGGGGAACCCUACCAUCACGCCGAGAAUGCUCCAACUGGGGAUACAGAUCCUACAAAACCUGCCCGAUGAACGAACAUGUAACCUACUUUUCGUUCAUCCGAUGGCUUUGAUGGAUGCCUGCUUCCGACCAGCUUAUCGAAUCGCGUCUGAUAAGAUGUGGGAUGAGUAUCGUGACGUGCUCCGGCUGCGGAACAGCGAGCACCUACAGUUUGUUGCGAAGCGGUUUUCAGAGUGCAGUCUAACGCCUUUACCGGCUGUACAAGAUCCACACCUCUGGAUCGAGUCUUUCUCGGGAAAGAGAACUCGUUGGGAGCUUCUAGGAUCCUUGUUCACUUUUUGGUCGUCUGCAGCCUCACAGUUGCCGGUACAGCACGAUAUCAUCACCCAGUACUGUCAGCAACAUGCGUUCAAGAGACCCAAAGACCUUAUGGUGCAUCUGAAACGGUGUGCAUCUAUGUGCAUUGAGUUGUGCAGUCAGCUGGGUGCAAUUAAUAUUCUUUUUGUCCAUUUGGCGUUCAAACAUAACAUCCUCGAGAGCAUUGCCAGUGGUGAUAAGAGCCUUUCUUGCUGGCGCCAACAUGGCGAUGUAAUUGCAGUCACGACAUCCAUUGGCCUUCACCGGGAAUUAUCAUCUGAUUGGAACGAGGUUUCGUUCCAGUACGAACUCAAGCGACGAGUCUACGCAUCGAUUUACAAUUUCGACAAGGUCAUCUCCACAUUUACCGGCAGACCACCGCUCCUGAACAGAAAGUACUCGACGACCAAGCUGCCGCUGGACAUUGACGACGAAGAUAUAUUCUCCGGCAGAAUUGGCGAUGCCGUGGCAAAGCUCAACUCAAAUGGUUGGGACAGCAGCGAAGACCGACAGCCGUAUCCUGCCACCAUCUUACGGGCGCGAGCAAUGCUAGCAAGGAACCGCGAAGAGAUGCUAGAAGUUUUAGAGACUUCGCAGGAUAGCAUCACAGAUGCUGCAGUUCAAACAUGCCUCCACCUCAAAGCACAAGCUACAGACAUCUACGCACAAUUUCCCGAAGUCAUCAAGUUCAAAACAGAUCACGUCCACGACCGCGACAUGCCCGGCCAGCUGCUCGCUUUGCGUGUCCUUGUGCGCUUGGAUUUUCUGCUCAACCUGUUCAUCUUAGAGCGACUACUGACCCGACACAGGGUGGUUGAUGAACAGGCGCUAAUCCAGGUUAGCCAUGAAAUGGUAGGAUUAACCUUGAUCUACUGGAAGCACAAGGACCGGUUCGAGAAUCACGUUGAUUUUUCCUGGCUGGCUAUGUCCUACGCCGUCCCAGGCAGCGGCAUUCUCUGCCUUGAGCUGCUCCGCCAAUCUAGCUCUCCCGAAACUUACACCUUAGAACUUCCUCGAUCGGACAUCAUCCAGGACCUCAGUGUACUGGUCGCCUUCCUCGACUGGCUCCGCCCCUCGGAAUCCGACAUCGCAGCCAAGGCGCAAAUCAAGGGAAUAUUGCAACGCUCAUUGGACCGAAUCCUCAGCAUGCCGGCAUCGCUGCACAGUCCGACAAGAGCCCUGGACGCGCUGCCCGACUUUGUAGGCGCAGAUCCCCAUCUCGACUUGUUAAACACAUUCGCGUGGGUAGAUUGGGAUGCCGCAUUAUAGCCAUAUUCAGCUCUAUACGUACUAUACGUCUAUAAUCUAGUAUAAUUUA